UCGGGGAUGUGUUAUGAUAUGACGAGGAUAUUUUGCUCAUGUUUUCUCCCUGUUUCCAUCACCUAACUUUUGAAUGUACAGACCGCAGUGACCGAGGCUGCGGCUCCAAUGAGCGCUGAGCCCCGCGUGUCCUCACUUCCUCCGUCUCUCUUCAGGGCCGCCGGGUGGCCAUCUUGGAUCUGGGCUUUAACGAAGAGCGGCGGCGGCAGAAGCAGCAGCAGCAGGCGGCGGCGGAGCUGGUGGUGGAUGGAGUCUACACCCUGAGAAAUAUCACCUGGGCCCCAGCACCGCUGAAAAACAUUCGGCUUUACGAACGAAGAGCGAAACCAAUGUAAAGGGGACCGUUUCGAGCUGCUAGAAACAGCUGUUCGCUUUAAAUACUAUAGAAACGCAGGGGUCGCUGGGGCCCGUAUUGAGUGCGGGGCUUUUUUCGUUCAGCGCAGCCGGACAUCCGAAAUGUGAAACGAAGCCGAGAACAGCAGGACAAAGUGUUUCUCGGCUUUUGUAUCGCCUUUUAAGCCAUUUACAGUUUGGGGGAACUGUUAAUAGAGCUGGCUGAUGGCUCAGAAACGGUGUGGGACUACAAAAACAUCCUGAACGGUGGACGUUGAACGUUAACUAGCUACCCCUAGCUGUUUCAGCCAAGCUGAAGUUUUCACCAAGUUUCCGUUGCCAAGCCGUCUAGCUCAGCUGACGCUAGCUAAGCUAGCUAACGCUAACUAGCUAAACAAAUGGUGUUUGGGUAUACAGUGUAUUAAACUAGCUCUCUUUAGGUUAAAUUACACUAUAACCCUAACUUGGCCAGCUGGGAGGUUAGCUAGGCAUAGCUCAACUAAGCUAAUCAGCUACAUUCACAAUAAGCUGCUGCUUUAGCUUCGUCUAAACCCGGGGUCUUUCCACCAGAACAAUGUCAACAAGAACACCAUUGCCCACCGUCAACGAGCGGAAGACUGAAAAUCACACUUCUAAUGGUCAUGGCCGAGUGGAGGGGACGUCUCGGUCUGCUAGGUCAAGUGGCCGAAACCGGAAUUCAGGAAGUUCUGGGUCUGAAGAGCAGCAUCCUCAUGUUGGAAAUUACCGGCUCCUCAAAACCAUUGGAAAGGGCAACUUUGCCAAGGUCAAACUGGCUCGUCACAUCCUCACUGGUAGAGAGGUGGCAAUAAAAAUUAUUGACAAGACGCAACUGAAUCCAACAAGCCUUCAAAAGCUCUUCAGGGAAGUCAGAAUAAUGAAGAUUUUAAGUCAUCCAAAUAUCGUGAAGCUCUUUGAGGUGAUCGAGACUGAGAAGACUCUGUUUCUUGUGAUGGAGUAUGCCAGCGGAGGUGAGGUGUUCGACUACCUGGUGGCUCAUGGGAGGAUGAAGGAGAAAGAGGCCAGAGCUAAAUUUAGACAGAUUGUGUCUGCUGUGCAGUACUGUCACCAAAAACACAUUGUUCACAGAGACUUAAAGGCUGAGAACUUGCUGCUGGAUGCUGAUAUGAAUAUAAAGAUAGCAGAUUUCGGCUUCAGCAACGAGUUCACUGUAGGAAAUAAGUUGGACACGUUCUGUGGUAGUCCUCCAUACGCAGCUCCUGAGCUCUUCCAGGGCAAGAAAUAUGAUGGUCCUGAGGUGGACGUCUGGAGUCUUGGGGUCAUUCUCUACACACUGGUCAGCGGAUCGCUGCCCUUUGAUGGCCAGAACUUGAAGGAGCUCCGUGAGCGCGUGUUGAGAGGAAAAUAUCGAAUCCCUUUUUACAUGUCUACUGACUGUGAGAAUCUCCUAAAGCGCUUCUUGGUGCUCAACCCGGGCAAGAGAGGAACACUAGAGCAAAUCAUGAGGGAUCGCUGGAUCAAUGCAGGCUCAGAGGAGGAGGAACUCAAGCCGUACACUGAGCCGGAGACUGACAUAUCUGACCAGAAGAGAAUAGACGUGAUGGUCGGUAUGGGCUACUCCAGAGACGAGAUCCAAGAGUCUUUGUCCAAGAUGAAAUAUGAUGAGAUCACAGCCACCUACUUACUCCUAGGAAGAAAGGCCAAUGAGGAGGUGAGUGACUCAAGUUCCAACAGUAACCAGUCCUUGGCAAAGAACAGACCCUCUAGUGAGAUGAAUGGCCAGUCACCAGCUCACCUGAAGGUCCAGAGAAGCGUCUCGUCCAAUCAGAAGUCCAGACGCUACAGUGACCAAGUGAGUGGUGUAGCUCACUCAGGGUUGAGUAACGGAAAGAAAUCUGCCCCUGGUUCAGCAGACAGUGACGUCAAGCAGGAUGGAGGGGUGGCAGGCCGCAAAGCUCCGACAAACAGCCCCCCCAGCCCACUGUUGGGCAAUGCCAACAACCCAAACAAAGCGGACAUACCUGAGCGCAAGGCGGGCAUUUCUGUCGCUCCCAAUAAUAACUCCGGAUCUGGAGGUAUGUCCCGGAGAAACACGUACGUGUGCAGUGAUCGGAACAACCAAACUGAGCGCCUCUCUGUUAUUCCCAACGGGAAGGAGAACAGUGCGUCUUUGUCUCCUGACCAGAGGAACCCUGGUGCCUCCACUCACAGCAUCAGCAAUGCUGCCCCGACUGAUAAACUACGCUUCCCACGAGGCACUGCCAGCCGCAGCACUUUCCAUGGGCAGCCAAGGGAACGUCGUACCGCAACAUACAACGGCCCCCCGGCUUCACCCACGCAACCUCGUAGUCGGGGCAAUGCCAACAAUCUGCUCACCAAGCUGACCUCCAAACUCACACGCAGAAACAUGUCAUUCAGGUUUUCAAAAAGGGUCACUUUUGACCCGAACAAGCGGCAGUCUGCCGCCAAAUCAGGGACGGGGGCGCCCUCUGGUCCCCCCACCCUCUCAACCCCCUCCAACCCUGCGGCAAAGACUCUUAAGUCUCAACCGGGCUUGAGAGAGGCGGGAGAUUUGAGGGCACAAGUCGCCAUGUACCUGGGGAUCAGCAAAAAGAUGAAGGGAAAGAUGGAAAAGACGGAAAAGACGGGAAGCCCCGCUCUCUCCGUUUCACCUGGAGUAUGAACACCACCAGCACCAUGGAGCCGGCCGCCAUCAUGAACGAGAUCCGCAAAGUCCUAGACGCCAACAACUGCGACUACGAACAGCGCGAACACUUCCUGCUUUUCUGCGUCUAUGGCGACAGCCGUGCCGACAGCCUUGUCCAAUGGGAGAUGGAGGUUUGCAAACUGCCCCGCCUCUCACUCAACGGUGUCCGCUUUAAGAGGAUAUCGGGGACAUCCAUCGCUUUUAAGAACAUUGCUUCCAAAGUUGCCAGUGAACUCAAGCUAUGAAUCUAAUCUAAUCUACGUAGAGGAAUAUAUGAAAGUGUUAAAAUCCUAUAUAGAGAAAAUAAUUAAGCAGUACAAUCACAAAAGUAGCAGUUUCCAAAUGUGUGUUUUCUUUCUUUCUUUUUUUUUCUUUUAUUUUAAAUAAACCACUUACCAUAUGUAUUUAAAAUAAUGAAUAGACUUUAACAUUGCUUAAAGCAAUAAUUUCUUAUGUGUCAAUUAUAUUGUUACAAUUCGCUAAACACUGUAAAAGAGAAUUUCGUUUUGAUUCUUUCAGUUAAGAUUGCGUUCUCCAUGACCUGUGCUCUGAGUGUGCAUAUAAAGAAAUGGAGAAUGGUCAAGACACGGUUAAAAAAACUUCAGUAUACCCAAGAUCCUUCUGAAGUGGAGCUUGAAUAUCUUUCUUUUUUCUCUCCAGACAGUGUUUAAAUAUAUAGGUAUUUGGUGUCUUGAGCAGCCCAUGUGUAAAGGGUAUGUACAAUGCCUAAAGAAAAAAAAGCUGCUUUGAAAUUGCAUAUAAAAGUACAUUUGGAUCUCUGUUGCUCUGCACCUCAGUCUUUAGUUGUUUUAUUUGUCAUUGAAAGUGCUCGUUCUUGACACAUGCUCCAGCCAGCUCAGUUUCACUGUGUGAAUGUUAUGAGACAUUGCUGAAGAACAAAACCAAGUUCUUUUAUUUAUUUUAGUUUAUGCCCACCACUCAAGUGUAUUUGUGUAUAUAAUGUAUCUUUUUGUUUUACAACUAUUCCACAUGGUCUUACUUCUUUUGCUUUUCAAGUUCUCUAAUAUUUCAGGGCUACUUGUAAAUGGUCACUGAUGAGAUUCAAUAUUAAAAACAUCUAUACUUGA